GCGCGCGCAUCCUGCUUGUUUUGCUCGUUCAGGAGCAGUGAGAGAGACCGAGGAGGAGAGAAGAGGUAAGGGGAGCAGAGAAGAGGAGGAAAGGAGGAGAAGACGGAGGGAGAUCUAACUUUUGGACGCUUCUGUCUUUGCAUUGGCUUCAUUCUGAGGAUUUAAUGAAUCACAUGCUGCUGAUCCCUGAGAGAAGGACUGCUGCUUCCACUGGAGUCCACUAUCCGGAGCUGAGUCUAGUUUAUGGAUCUCUUCCACAUUCACUGUGAAUAACAACAUGUAUGCGGGACGUAAGAGAAGAAAACCAGCACAGAAGGGGCUUAAACCAGCCCCAGCUGAAGGUGCCAAGUCUAACCCGUCCAAACGCCACCGGGACCGUCUGAACUCAGAGCUGGACCGGCUCGCCAGCCUUCUGCCCUUCCCUGAAGAUGUCAUCUCAAGCCUGGACAAGCUUUCCAUCCUGAGGCUCAGUGUCAGCUUCCUCCGCACCAAGAGCUUCUUCUCAGUGACUCUGAAGAACCAGCUGUCCAACGGCAUCAACAAGAGCAGCGAUCACAGUGAUGACAGCAGAACGCCAGGAUCCGUGGACGGUCGCGUACCUGAGGGGGAACUGCUGCUGCAGGCCCUGAACGGCUUCGUCCUGGUGGUGACAGCCGAGGGAAUCAUCUUCUUCUGCUCUCACACCAUCCAGGAUUACCUCGGCUUCCAUCAGACUGAUGUGAUGCACCAGAGUGUGUUUGAGCUGAUCCACACUGAAGACCAGCAGGAGUUCAGGAGUAACCUGCACUGGGCCCUCAACCCCCCUGCUGGCCCGGAACCACCUACAGAUCCCUCAACAGAUGGCGAGUCGAAGACGACCUCCACCUGCCUGGUGAGCUACAACCCCGACCAGCUUCCGCCUGAGAACUCGUCCUUCCUGGAGAGAGGCUUCGUCUGCCGCUUCCGCUGCCUGUUGGACAACUCCUCUGGUUUCCUGGCGCUGAAUAUCCAAGGUCGACUCAAGUUCCUCCACGGUCAGAACCGUCAGCAGAGCGACAAAGAGGGAAGUUCCCCACCUCAGCUUGCUCUGUUUGCCAUCGCCACACCCCUGCAGCCUCCGGCCAUCCUGGAGAUCAGGACCAGGAAUAUGAUCUUCAGGACCAAACACAAGCUGGAUUUCACUCCCAUGGCCUGUGAUGCAAAGGGUAAAAUCGUUCUGGGCUACACGGAGGCGGAACUGAGAGUUCGUGGUUCAGGCUACCAAUUCAUCCAUGCUGCUGACAUGCUGUACUGCGCAGAAAAUCAUGUCAGAAUGAUAAAGACGGGCGAGAGUGGACUCACCGUCUUCAGGCUGCUUACCAAGGACAACCGAUGGAAGUGGGUCCAGGCCAACGCCAGGCUGGUCUACAAGAACGGCAAGCCGGACUACAUCAUUGCCACCCAGAGGCCUUUAGUGGAUGAGGAGGGAGGGGAACACCUGAGGAAGAGAUCGAUGCACCUUCCUUUCACCUUCGCCACCGGGGAGGCGCUGCUCUACCAGACCAGUUAUCCACUGCACGGUUUCCCUGACUCUAGCCAGGGUAAAACUAAAGGCAGCAAGUCCAAGAAGGGCAAAUUGGACAAGAGCUCCUCUGAUGAGCUGGACCCCAAGUCCCUACUGGGAGCCCUGAUGAGCCAGGAUGAGUCUGUGUACGUAUGCCAGCCGCAGAUAGAACCUAAGAUGUCCUUCAGCAGCAGCUUCUUCACUGAGCAGCCAGCGGACGGUGAUGCUUUAGCCGGGCUAGUGAACGGUGAUAGCUGGGGCGUCGUGUCAAACAGAGACAUGGAGAGGAGUCAUAUCAAAUCCUCUAGUUUUGACCCACUGCUUGCCACUUUGGACUCUCUGUCUCUAGACGGAGAGGAACCCUGUUCAAACAGUGAGCUCUUCAGUGCUCUAGAGAAUCUGGGCCUGAAUGCUGAAGACCUGGAGCUCUUGCUGCUGGACGAGAGGAUGAUUCAGGUGGAGCUGGACCCCAACCACAUCCCAUCACUCAAUGACCUUCUCACCAACAACGAAAUUCUCUCCUACAUCCAAGACUCCCUGGAAAAUGGGACCAACGGAGAGGAACAAGGAGACAGAGACCCAGACUCAGCCCACAGCAUCACGCAGCAUUCACAGGCAGGCCUCACACCGGCCAUUUCUCCAACUUCAUCCAGCUGCAAGAGUCCCAUCACGCAGCUGUCACAGCAGAUGCAGCAGCACAUCAGUGCAGGGGAGCUGGUUAAAACUCAGCCAGGAACAGCUUUAACUGAUAUCCCCAAGGGCCACUGGGUGGCAAUGACAGAGAACCAACCUCACACAAACAACCACGCUCAUCAUCACCCACAUCCUGUGCUCAAAGCCUGUCAGCUUAACGGUGAACACAAACACCUGCUGCACUUGAGUCAACAGUGGCAGCUUCAGCAGGACCAGCACCCGGUCCAGCUCCAGUCUCAUGAGCAGAGUCUGCUGCUGCCCAGCCUCCAGAGUCAUCUCGGACUUAACGGAUCCUACAUCCCAAACGGACACACAGCCUUUCUGCCAAACGUUGAAGUCAGCUACACAGGUUAUAACAUCUCCAACACCCAUCAUACAGGCGGUGCUGUGCUGAAUGGUGUCAACACGCCAGGCUUCUGUCACUGCCAGGUGACCAACACGCAGCCCUACGAGCUGCAGGAUCACCAGAAACACCCCCACCAGCAGCAGAUGCUGGAGGACACUCAGGGUCCACCAUCUUGUAUGCCCCAGUGUCCCACUCAGAGCUCUGCACUGGAGUUAGAGCAGUUACUGGGUCUGUCUCAGCCACAGCACGGUCUGCCAUCAAUAGAAGCCUACAGCGUGUUCAACAGCACCGCACUGGAUUCCGCCCACAGCAAGUUGGAGAACGGUUGCCUCCUCAGUGCCACGAAUGCAGCGUACAUCCGGACGUGUCUGAUGCCCAAUGGGAACGAAGUCGUGCCUGGCAACAUCCCCGUCUCCUGCCCAGAAGGACUGCCCACCUUGCAGGACCCCCAGAAGUCUGGAUUUUUACUCUGAAAGGACGAGAGCUUCGUUUUAGAGAAGGAAGAAAGGAGCAGGUACAGAGGGAGGACAGAUCAUACAAUACGAAAAGGGGAAAUAAUCUUUUAUUACCAGAACUGACUAUCUGCCGGACGUCACACUCAUGCUUCAUCUUAGAACGGUCGACUGCAAGAAACAGCAUUAUUUAUGUCACACACUUAAAGCCGACAGACGGAGCCAAAACGCAUCACUUUCUGAUCUGUACAUACGUCCUUAAAGAGAAGAAGAGGAGGAGGAGAAGACACUGUGACAUUAAGAUAAGCUGGCUACUUCACACCAAAGCUCUCUUUAUAUCUGCAUCGUCUCAAGUAACAGCUCCCGCCCGGUUCAUCUACGUGUUUCUGUUGUGAUGGUCGUAGCUCUGUUGGUAUGACAGAAAGAUAGUUUCAGUUUUGGACUGCUCAGAUUCGGUUCAUCCUGCUCAUGUCUGCGAUGAUUCAACACAUGAGUAUACUGUGAGUGUAACCGUCUGAUACGCAGCUCUUCAGACGUGGAGCUGUAUGUUGUGGAGAGGUGACGGAAACAGAUUUUCAGAAAACACUUCUUGACACCAGUUUGUAUCGACGUACAGUCUGAUGGGAGAAGUUUGAGUAACUAUCUUUAAACAGAAGCUUUGAAGGAUAGUCUGUGUUUAUACUGAAAGAAAGGGUUUGGAGUUAAGUGGUUCAAACAGGUGAAGCUAUAUUCUAAAACACAAACCUCCACUUCCUGUUGGAAGUAACGUGAACUAACCGCUCAACAUGGCUGCAUUUCCUCUGAAGACAUUUCUACAAACAGCCUCGAGAUUCAGACUGAACAAACCAACAAAUUAUUUAAACCUCCGUGUUUGUUUGUCACUUAGAUGUAGGAGACCUGUAGGGUUGGUAGACGUGUGUCCUGGUGCUUUCCGUGUCAACAAAGAGCAUUUCAUUCUUAAUAUUGUUCAGAUGAGAUUCAAACCGUGAAGGAAGAGCAGAGGUUUUUAUUUAUUGGUCACCUUGUUGAUCCUAAUGCUGCAUUUUAGCCUGUUUGAGGUUUACAUGAUGCUGUGCACUUACAUGUUUAUACAGACAGAAUCAGAGAGGAUCUGAUUCGUUACGUCGACGACACUGAAAUCAAACAUAACAAAGCAUUUUAGUUUCCUGACCGGAGACGGUGUGAAAUGUCCCGUUAAUGCCUUGUCUCGUCAGCCUCGGGCAGGUCGAGACUCUCCCUCACUUUCUCAUGCAGUCGUGUCGUUUGGGACACACUGAGUGCACUUACAUGCACACAGUCAUCCAUUAAGGACCUAAUUAUGAAUAAUAGAUAACGACUGGAGGCCGAAAGGAAGUGCGUAGAAGUAUUUCUCAAGUUUUGUUUCCUGUGAUCACUGAUUCCAUGAUCGAGAGAAUAUGAAAUGUACGGGAAACAAGAUUCAAUCGUUUUUACUGUGGUGUGGGGACUGACACCAAACCAUGUUAGUCCAGUCAGACCCCACAGAUUCAAGCUCUCCUGUAUACAUGUCCUGAUAGUGUUUGUCCUUCCUCUGCAGUGGAUACUUACCUGACGAGACUGUGAAAUGCUCGAAUGCAGAGCAGAGGCGUUUCUUUUAAAGCAGCGACGUGUAGGAGUCAGAACAAAACACAAACACAGUUUUAUUGUCAAACUUUAAUCCGUCUGUCGUUCAGACAUCUGGAUCUUCGUCGUUUUGUUCUGGAUGAACUUCCCCUUAGCUUGUAAAAGCUAAACAACAACAAUACAUAAGCUGGACUCCUGAAAACAGACUGCGUUCAUGUCAGAUCAACUGUAAUAAACAGGACACUGUAAUCCAUGCUGCAGAAAAUGAUACAAGCUUUAAAGUCUACAACAGAAAAACAUCCUUCAGGUGUUUGGUCCUCUGCUAAUCAUCUCGUCUUUAAUACUUUGAGUACAUCUUGCGUUUAUUCCUUAAGUUACUUCAAGAUCUGAGAACUUCUUCCAGCUCAAGCACGCUGUCCCUCCACCUGUGACAACUUCCUGUUUAACUCUAGUUUGACAUGAACGCAGCAUUCCUCAUAUUUCAGACACAGCAGACUAAAAGGAGGCUGAGAGACAGACCGGACAGCAUUUAGCAUUUAGCAUCAACUAACAAACCAAACGAGAAACAUGUGAACACACGUGUCUGCAGUCGCUCCAUCGUUGAAUGUCUUGUAAGGCGUUUGAAACAUGAAGCUUUUAUCUCACGACAAAAAGGUGCUUAAAGGUGAUUCCUCAACCCCGGUAGAAUAAAAUGCAUUUACAGAUUUGCCUCUUUUUUGUUUUCCUCAUUUUGUGAGCUGACUUUUUACAUAAAACAGAUGAUCAUCGGAUCAAACCUCAUGUGGAAGAAAAAACAAGACAAUCAUUUUUCAAGGCGCUUUAAAAACAAAAAGGUUGUGUGUGUAUAGUCGUGUUUUUUUUAACCGUGUUGUUGCAAGCACUACUUUACAAUCACUGCUCUUACAAACUCUUUCUCCAGCACUGAAAGUAGUCUUGUAGAAAAAAGCAUUUUAUGACUGUGUGUUGUCUGAAUAUUGUUCCCAAGAGUUGUGUUUUAUCUUUACGUCAUGUUUGAAGACACUUUAGCUCAAAACAAAACGGUGCCAUAACGGUGAUACAGGCUGCUCCAUUGUUCUGUAUGUGAAGAAACACUUUUGCAUUAAAGUAUUUUUCUGAUAUUUUAGUUUCUUAAAAUCCACUUUGUCCACAAGAAAACAUUUAAAGUGACUGUUUUAUACCUUCAUUUCAUUAUCAGACCUUUUGUUAAAGUUGCUGUUAAACAUUUGAACCAAACUGUCCGUCAGCUGUUUUGUUGUGAUUCUUUUUUUUUUAGGACACAGAUUUUAUUUUGCUACUUUUAUCACUGAAGGUUCUGGCUGUAUGUAAAGAAACAUUUUUUAAAAUGCAGUUUGUCUUUUAGCCGGUGUUUCAAUGUGCUCUUGGAUCCUGGAAAUAAAGGAACUCCGUGCAAUCACA